AUGGAGCUAAGAAGUAGACGGAGCGCAGAGGCCUAUCUUGUCACGCCUGAAGAACCUGCCAGGAAUAAGAAUGAAUCGAACAUAGAAUCCGAUGAGAGGGUCAGUACUAGGGAAGCAAAGAGCGAGAACACAAGUGUAUUUAGUCCCGCUUACUCUGAUAUUGCUACUACUGAAUCGGCGAAAAAAAUUGAUGACAAUGAAUACUACAAUUUUACUAGUCACUUUAUGCCAUCUUUGAAAAACACCAGAGAGCUGGAAAACACAAUUCUUAAUCUCAUACAGAGGAUAAAGGAAGGCGAUGAUGGAACCUUGGUGAGCGAGAAAGAUCUAAUAUUAAGUGUACUUAACAGAUCUUUAGCGUCCACAUCUCACUGGAUGUUGCAGGCCCAGCUAUCGGAGUUAAGGGCCACUUCAGAGGGAAGAUAUGCAGUGGAGACAAACCUGUUGAAAAAAGAGGUAGAAUUUCUAAAGAACAAGACCCCAAGGACCAGCGAAAGUGUAGAUUCCGCAAAGUUGAAACCACUUCUUGAACGACCUUUGAAACGUAAACUUUCAUUGCCAGGACUGACGCAAAGGCCAUUAUCCACUGACGCUAGGCUAGAAGGCGGACAUGGAGGUGUACCGGCAAGCUCAUGGAAAACCAAAGUUCCAAAACUCCCUCUUCCUGUUCCUCGAUCAUCUUUGAACGUUUCUCCCCAAAAAGUCCCGAUGGGUACAGAUAGAGGUGAGGAAGAUAACAAAGUUGACACACUAGAAUUAGUAGAGAACAAUAAACCCCAUCCAAGGAUGAGAAGAAGGAGUGACAAUCCAGCAACAAACGAAUAUGUGAGAGUGUUUCACUUGGAGAAAAAGGAACCUAAAUCGCGAAAAAAAUAA